AUGGAGAAAGGUCUUUCGAACUCUGGCUCUUCCGCUUCGUCAAACGCGUACCACCGGACUUCGUCGUCGCCAGAGACAAGGCCUACCAAAUUGCCCACCUCAAAACUUCCUAGUCCUUUUGCCGACUCAGCGCGCGUUGAAAAGCGAAAAGCCAAUACCAUGGCCGCUCGUCGCUAUCGUCAGAAGCGGGUCGAUCAAAUGAACACCCUGGAGUCCCAGCUCAAAGAUACGCAAAACGAGCGCGAUGCUCUCAAAGUCCGAUGUGCCAGGCUAGAGGGUGAGGUCGAGACUCUCCGCGCGAUGCUUGCUGCGAAGUAG